GCAAUGUGGUUGACAAAUAAAUAGGACGUGACCUUGAGGAAGCAGUUGAUGCAGCCACAUAGACCUCACGAUGCCUGUGACAGCUUGGCUGCUUUACCUCCCAGUGGGGCUACUGUUGUUGGCCCUGAUGGAGGCUGCCCUGCUUUUCUGGAAGCAUGCUCCAGCACGGAACAAGAUCCCUAGGGCACAGAAACGUAGGGAGCUGGCGCUCCAGCAGAUGGCAGCCCUGGCACAGCGUCUCCGGCAGCAGGAGCCAAGCCUGGACCCCAAGCGCAUCCUGGAACUGCCCCUCGUGAAGCUGGCCCAGAAGCUACGGACUGAAGAAUUGAGUUUGGAGAGUGUCCUCUGUAGCUACUUAGAGGAGGCGCUGAAGGUGCAUGGGGAGGUGAACUGCCUGACAGACUUCCUGGGGGAAUGUGAGGAGCAACUGCAGGCAUUGAAGAAGCUCAAGAAGAGUGAGAGAGGCCUUCUCUAUGGCGUCCCCGUAAGCCUCAAGGACCUCUUCGACUGCGAGGGCCAUGACUCUACGUGUGGCCUGGCCCAGUUCUUGGAGAAGCCGGCAGCCAAGGACGCGGUCAUAGUGAAAGUGCUGAAGGCCCAGGGAGCCAUUCCCUUCGUUAAGACCAACAUCCCCCAGACGCUACUCAGCUUUGACUGCAGCAACCCCAUAUAUGGACAGACUCUGAACCCUUUGAACUUAAAGAAGACCCCUGGGGGCUCCUCUGGGGGUGAAGGAGCUCUGCUGGCUAAAGGGGGUUCCAUCCUGGGAAUGGGUACUGACAUAGGUGGCAGCGUCCGCAUACCAGCCAGCUUUUGCGGUGUCUAUGGCUUCCGGACCACAGGAUACCGCCUCAGCUACACUGGAGUUGCCGCUGCUGUGAAGGGCAAGAAAGCAGUGACCGCUGUGGCUGGCCCCAUGGCCCAGGAUGUAGACAGUCUGGUGCUGUCCAUGCAAGCCCUGCUGAGUGAAGACAUGCACCAACUGGACCCCACUGUGCCUCCCAUGCCCUUCAGGGAAGAGAUAUACGCCAGUAAUCGGCCCCUUCGAAUUGGCUACUAUGAAUCAGAUGGCUUUACCCAACCAUCUCCUAGCAUGGCCAGAGCCGUGAGGCUCACUUCCAGGCUGCUCCAGGAUGCAGGACAUCAGGUCAUCCCCUUCUCCAUCCCCCGUAUAGAGUAUGCGACGAAUCUGUACACAAGCAGUGGGUUUGCUGAUGCAGGAGCUACCCUUCUUGAGAAGCUGAAGGGGGACAUUGUGGACCCCAGCCUUAAGGGGUUGGUCAGCAUGCUCCGCCUGCCAGACCCACUCAAGUGUUUCUUGGCCCGGAUCCUGAAGUACAUAGAGCCCCGAAUUGGCCGGCAACUGGAAAGUCUUCGUGGAGUAAGGACACCCAAGAAACUGUGGGAGCAGCACACAGCAGUGGAGGAAUAUCAGCAGGAGUUCAUAGCCAAGUGGAGGUCCUUGGACCUGGAUGUGUUGCUGGUGCCAGCUCUGGACCCUGCCUUCUAUAUAGGCUAUCCUGCCAAAGCAGGAGAGAGCACCUCUUACACCACCCUGUUCAACCUGUUGAAUUUCCCUGUCGGCGUGGUGCCGGUCACCACCGUUACAGCACAGGACGAGGAGGAAAUGACCUUCUACAAGGGAUAUUACGGAGAUAGUUAUGACAGAAAUUUCUCAGAGGCAGUGAGAGGAUCCCUGGGACUUCCAGUAGCUGUGCAGUGCAUUGCUUUGCCAUGGGAAGAGGAGUUGUGUCUUCGGUUCAUGAAGGAGGUGGAGACCUUGACCAAGAACCAGAGGGAACCCAAGUGAUGGGCCAUUUCAUCUCCUGGAGACCUUCCUACAUUCUCAUCCAAGUCUGCUCCCAAUGCCCCUUCCUUCUUAUAAAUAUCAUGUCCGCCUCAUAUCUCCUCUUCCCGGAAGCCCACCAGAUUCCUUUUCUUUGUAGUCCCUCUGGGUGCUCAAUCCAUGGGCUCAGAUCAGUCCAAGAUGGGGAUUAGGGUGAAGGGCUCAAUAAACAUUUUUG